CUAUACUUCGACCAGGAGCUACCUUUAACUAUCGUAGACCAUUGACGUUACCGCUCUACAUGCCUUAUAUAUUCUCAGAACCGCUCCCUAAUUUAAAUUGGUCGCCUAAGACAUAUCAUACAACGCAAUCUUGGAUAAACAUAACAACACCGUUGCCAAACAUGAAGAAUAGUAUGUUAAUCACCUUCGCGUUUUUAUUCAUUAUUACCUCUGCGUCUUGGGCUAUCACAGCACCAGAAAAUACCGGUUCGCGUGCAUACAUACCUCACAUAUGUAUACCACACCAUAUCAUAUCCUAUGCUAACGAAUCAGGUACGGGCAGAAAGAGGAGCUCAUCACUGCCCUCAAAUUUAGAGUCCGAUCUGAAGCCGAAUUUAGAAUUCGGGUUUCCCGACGCCGCGGCGCAGAUAGUCAUGCUGGUACUGGAAUUCGCAAGAAAUAGUCCCAGCCCCUUUACCGAUCCGAUAAUCAUAACGGUACUGGGAGAAGCGCUUAGGAGGAUCUGGCUAAAGCUCUUCGCAAUACCAUCCUACGUCAUGACGAGGAACGAAUUCGCGGUUUUCAACUUCUUCCAAAAUCAAUAUCUCGACGGUGGAAUAAUAGCUGAGAUAGCUGCCAGGGCGAGGGCAGCUUACUGGGACGGGACUUAUGGCGAUGACUAGGGCUGACUUACGGGGAUUUCGGUUAUGUCCUCAGAUCAGAUGCGAGUGAGGCACGGCGCAGGGCUGACUACCUAACCUGCCUCUCUUAUUGACAUACCUAAGUCAUUUUUAUUGGCUUGGAAAUCCGGAAUAACCUCACUUAACAACCGCAGCCUUUUGUGAAAGUACCAAAAGGCUCAAUUUAAUGAUGCAAUGAGAUUACCUAUAUUUCAUGCGUUUUUAGAGUCAAUAUUCUGUGUCUUUUUUUUCGUAGUUUUAUCCAAACCUUGUUGGAAUUUACGUGACAAGACGCGUAUAAAAUACCCCUCGCAGCCUAAAGACAUACGCAUAUAUACCUAAGAGGUAUUGAUAGAGCGCCCUUGUCAAUAUAUGAGUAGGUAUUUUGUAGUUGGACGAAUUUGUAUUCCCG